UGGGUGGGACUCCAGAGUGAAAACGUUCGGGGAAAGAACCGAGCGGAUAACAACAGUUUCUCACUCUCGCCAAAAUAAUCUGGACAAUUAUUCAAAUAAAAAAAUUAAAAUAAUGCAGAUCACGUUGAAAACGCUCCAGCAGCAGACGUUCAAAAUCGACAUUGACGCGGAGGAGACGGUAAAGGCCUUAAAGGAGAAAAUUGAGAAUGAAAAGGGCAAGGAGAGCUUUCCAGUCGCUGGACAAAAGUUGAUCUAUGCAGGCAAAAUCCUUAACGAUGACACCGCACUUAAGGAGUAUAAGAUAGAUGAGAAGAACUUUGUGGUCGUCAUGGUAGCAAAGCCUAAAGCGGCCCCCGCAGCCGCUCAGCCUUCCGCUGCUGCCACGACGACCAGCACCGCCUCCUCCAGCACUACAACUCCCACAACCCCCUCAGCAGCUUCAGCAACACCCAGCGCUACACCUGCAGAGAGUGCCCCAAAAGAGGACAAACCGGCUGAGGAGAAACCGCCUUCUACUGCAGCGCCAGCCUCGACGCCAGCCAGUUCUGGCAUCUUGACAAACGUGAACAUAUUCGAGGAGGCGACUUCUGCUCUGGUGACGGGUCAGUCAUAUGAGAACAUGGUGACGGAGAUCAUGCUGAUGGGUUAUGAGAGAGAGCAGGUUGUGGCAGCACUGAGAGCGAGCUUCAACAACCCAGACCGGGCUGUAGAGUACCUGCUGACGGGACUCCCAGUGGAGGGUGAGGCUAAUGCAGGCAGUACUGACCCAGUGACUCCAGCAGGGGGCACUCCUUCCAUCACCGCUGGCCUCACCUCUCCCUCCAGCACAGCUGCAACACAGCCAAGCGCUGGAUCAGGCUCUAACCCUCUGGAGUUCCUGAGAAAUCAGCCACAGUUCCUGCAGAUGAGGCAGAUCAUUCAGCAGAACCCCUCGCUGCUCCCGGCUCUGCUGCAACAGAUCGGCAGAGAGAACCCCCAGCUACUGCAGCAAAUCAGCAGUCACCAGGAGCAGUUCAUCCAGAUGCUUAACGAGCCAGCACAAGAGGCGGGGCAGGGUGGAGGAGGUGGUGGUGGCAGCAGCGUGGCUGAGGCUGGAAGUGGGCACAUGAACUACAUCCAGGUUACACCCCAGGAAAAGGAAGCCAUUGAGAGGCUAAAGGCCCUCGGAUUCCCUGAAGGACUUGUUAUACAGGCCUACUUCGCCUGUGAGAAGAACGAGAACUUGGCCGCAAACUUCCUUUUACAACAGAACUUCGACGACGACUAAAGGGAGAUGUAGUCAUUUUGAUCUAUCCCCAACCUGCCCCCCUUUUUUCCUCUCUCUCUUUUUCUCUCUCUCUCUCUCUCAAUCGAUCAUAUUGGACAAGAUAAAAAAAUAUAUACAUACAUUCACAGACAGUCUUUGAUUUAUUAUUAUUAUUUUUUUUAAAUAUGUUUUCUCAAAUUCCCUGACAUCUGCUUUUAUGACACACUGGAUGACUUCAUCAUCGUCAAUUCUGUGGGAAAACGAUCGUGUUUGCGUUGCUUCUUUCCGAUUGGGGAAAUUAAUAUAAAGCCAACUUACUUUUUCUCAAAAUGACUUUGUGUUUCUGUUUCUGCUUUUUUUUUGUUUUAUUUUGUUUUGUAAUUUUUUUUCCAUUGUAAGGAAAUGAACGCUGGUCGAAGGGAUUGAUUGCCAAGUUAUCGAUUUUCCACCCUAUUUGGGAUGUCAGGUGUAAUCAGGAGGGUUUGUUUAGUCAAAAAUGUUAAUAAUAUUUCAUUUUCUCUCACCUGGACAAAGCUUCCGUUUCCCCCUUUCGCUCUUUCUCUUCCCUGCUCGUGCUCUCUCUCUUUUUUUCUUUGUGUCCCUCUGCCUCGCUCUCUUUCUUUCACAAUUGACCAGCUUAGGGAUCCCCCAAACACUUCAAACUGCAGAUUUAAAUGACAGUAAAGAUGGUGAUUUUUAAAGCAACGAGAGUUCUGUUACUGUUUCUGUUUUUGCUUUAUUAAAACAGUUCGAGCAAAUCGGCUCUCCUUUGUAGUGCAUGUGACACAUGGGGGGCGGAACCUGCAAAGGAGGCUUUGUCCAGUAACUGGCCGGACCCUCUCGCUCUUCAGCUGACCAACACAGCCCAUUCUCUUCCUUCAAAUAAAAACAUAAAAAGAAAGAAGUUAAAGCAUGUAUAUUGCUUCCAUAGUUGCUAUAAUUAGUGUUGAUGAUUACUAUCACUACAAAUUUACUGUCAUUUUUACAGAAAGAAAUAAAAACAAAUAAAACUUUUCAACAUAAA